GCAUGCAUAUGGCGUGAUGUUACAGAAGAAACUCGCACCAGAAAACUUCGUCUGCCAUUGGUUUCGUACUGAUAUGUGGAGGAGGAACUAUGCUGAAGGUCUUGUUCCAGUGAGAGGUGCUCCUUUUUGGCCUUGUACGAGUGCUCCUGAUGUUCACAUUCCUCCUGAUCCAAAACAACCUGGGAAGGAGAAAAUUACCAAAGCAGAGAAGAAAAGAAAGAAAGGAGUUAAUGAAUCCCCAACAAAGAAGCAACCUAAGCACAAGAAACGUAUAAUGCAUUGCGGAAUAUGUGGAAUGGCUGACCACAACUCAAGGUUUCACACAAAGAACAAGGCUGCUCAAGGUGGUUCUCAAGCUCCUCCUCCAGCAGUUUCUCAUAUUUCUUCUCCAGCUGCUUCUCAAACUGCCUCACCAACUACUUCUCAAGGUGGAUGUCAUGUAAUUCUUGGAUAUGGAGAUAUGUGUUGAUUAGUGCUUCGGUCUUUAUCUAUCUAGAAUGUUGUCUAAACAUUAUCUCGGGGUUUGUGGAUUUUAUUGGGGUUGCACUUUUUAUGUAGAAAGCAUCCAACUCUUUUGUGAAAACCAAUAUCUUUUGUCUUUUUUUUUUUAUGUGGAAAGCACAUGGAUUAUUUGUUUAUGUUUGUUUGCUUGUGCAAGCCGUUGUUCCAGACUGAAAAUAACCAUGUAAUUCAAUAAUACUAAACAAGAAAAACACAUUCAUAACUUGCAAUAGUCCUAAACACGUACAAUACAAAACAAACACAAUCAUU